UAGACCGGGAUAACCCUACUUUUCAGGAUCGCCUCUCCUCCUACUCUGCCUGUAAAUAAUGAGACUGGACGCUUAGCUUAGCCAGCAUUUGCUCGCUAGCCUGCAAGGCUGUGCGUAUUUUUUUUAUUAUUAACAAUGUUUUUUUUUACUUUAUAAAACACGACCCUUGAUGCGGAUCACACAGACAUAACUGGAAGGUGGGACUCUCAAGGCGAGGAUCCAUGGCAAAGUGGCUUAAAGACUAUCUCAACUUAGGCAGCAGUAGGCGUGACCCACCACAGCCCCCAAGGCCCGACUACACAGAGAGUGAGAUCCUGAGGGCAUACAGAGCUCAGAAAGAGUUGGACUUUGAAGACCCAUACCAGCCCUCUGAUAAGCAGCUCCAGAAUGGUGGCUAUAAAGGCUGUAGUACAACCUUGAGCCUCCCAUCGUUCCCUGCAUUUGGAUCUGUUCUACCGAAUGGAGUGGAGGUCAAAGUGGUUUCUCCCAAACACAGACUCAUCAAAGUGGACUCUCAGGAGUUUGGGCGCUGUGCUAACCCACUGAGCCCAGUCAUCGUCCACGAGGAACCGGUUGUUCCGUCUGCCCCAGCCGCAGGCGACCAGGACACAGACUACUCAGACCCCUUUGAUGCCCGCCCGGACCCCCGAACACGGACAGACUGGGAGCCCAGCACUGCCCCCGACAGCCGCAGCUACAUGGAGCCAUUCCAGGCCCAGAGGAUCAUCUCAGAGCUCCAACUCAGCGUGAUGAGCGGCGACGGAGACCAGCUGUACGAUAACCCGUACGAGGAGAGGGAGCGGCCCUACCCCCUCCACCACCAGCCCCCCGGCCCCCAGGGCCAGGCCCUACCCCAGGCAGAGGGCAGGGAGAGCAGGCUGCCGCAGGACGACGAGCGCCCCGCCGACGAGUACGACCAGCCCUGGGAGUGGAAGAAGGACCACAUCUCUAAGGCCCUGGCCGUUCAGUUCGAGGGGGCCGAGCGGGAGCGUUCCCGGGGGCACCCUGAGCAGGCCCGGCCCCCCAGGGUCAGCCCCACCGCCGCGCCGGGGGGGUCCGCCACGCUGCGCAUGGUGGGGGACACCCCGCCCCUCCUGGGGGAGAGAGUGGACCCGGCGAUGCCGCUGGAGAGACAGGUGUGGUACCACGGAGCGCUGGGCCGCGGCGAGGCGGAGGGGCUGCUGACGCUGUGUAAGGAGAGCUCCUACCUGGUGAGGAAGAGCCAGAGCAGCCGCACAGACUUCUCCCUGUCCCUGAGGAGCUGUAAGGGCUUCAUGCACAUGAAGUUCAGCCUGUCCCCAGACGGCCGCUACGUCCUGGGGGAGAACAGCCCGCCCUUCCCCACCGUGCCCGAGGUCAUCCACCACUACACCACCCACAAGCUGCCCAUCAGAGGGGCCGAACACAUGUCCCUGCUGUACCCCGUCAUCGUGCAGACCCUCUGACACGCGCACUCACACUCCAUCACACACCUGUUGCUCCUGAACAUGGCUUGCUUCACACUGAUCCCUGGUCAGUGUUGGUCAUCUUCAACCUCGAUCGCUCCUCUUCCUCUUCCCUGCGAACAGGGGCAUCUAAACUAGUUGGCUAGACUAGUGUCCUUCUAAACUAGUUGGCUAGACUAGUGCCCUUCUAAACUAGUUGGCUAGACUAGUGCCCUUCUAAACUAGUUGGCUCGACUAGUGCCCUUCUAAACUAGUUGGCUAGACUAGUGCCCUUCUAAACUAGUUGGCCAGACUAGUGCCCAUCUAACCUAGUUGAUGAGAUUAGUGCCCUUCUAAACUAGUUUACGAGACUAGUGCCCAUCUAAACUAGUUUGCAAGAGGAUUGCCAUAGUAAACUAGUUGACUAGAUUAUUACUCACCUAAACUAGUUAACUCGACCAGGCAUCUAAAAUAGUUUGCUAAAGUAACCCUUCCAUCCUAACUACACUACCCUAGUUAAUUGACCAGUACCCAUCUUACCUUGUUAAACACUACUACCUAUCUUCAUUAAUAAAACAAUAGUACCAAUUUCCACUAGUUAAAAAACUAAACAGUAAUGUAACUCUGAACUCACUUAACUAGUUAAGCGCUAGUCUUAACUAGUUGGUUUGACCAAUAGUCUUACCACCUUGACUUUAGUGUAAAUUGAACCUAACUAUAGCAAACAUCUUAACCAGUUAACUUGACUAGUACCCCUUACCAGCCUAACUUGUUAACUACCAUCUUAACUAGGUAACCAGACCGCCCGCUCCUGCCUUGUAUAUGGUGUGCACUGAGCCUGCCACAGUCUCCGCCUUUUUUAAGUCUUUUUUUUUUCAUUAUUUUUUAUUUGAACAUGAUAUUUAUUUCUCCCCCUGGCGCUGGUGGGACUCGCGUCUGUUUGAAACUGUUACGGGGUCAGCAGGGGAUUAUGGUACUUUGAGAUUUAGCUGGUGUGGAAGUUAGGAUAGCAAGUCAUCUUCCUUGACAUGGAUGCCUAUGGAUGGCCUUGUUGUGUCAAUGUUCUCCCGUUUCAAAGGGGCCUGUAUGAGCAGGUGAAAUGAGUUGGCUUAGCACAAUGACAACACUAGUUUAGAGAAUGACUGCAGUAUUAUUCUAUUACAAGCUUGUUGCUUCAUGACUGUUAGUUUUGGCUACUGAAGCUUUGCUUGUUUCUCUGAUGUUGUUUUCAAACGAUGUGUUCAUUGACUGAUAAUAAAUUGUUGUUUUUAAAUAUA